AUGGCUACGAACGGGGCGCGAAAGGCACCUUCAGCCGCGACAUCUGAGGACUCUGCAAACCUACUAGACACAAGCACAAUCAAAGCCGUUGUGAAGUCGGAGAAGACCAGGAUCAAGUUGAAGAUUAAGAAGCCGGUUCCCAAGCCUUCAAAGUCUGGGAAUUGGAAGGAAAGCGAGGCAGUCAAUGUCGAGAAUAAGCCUGCUGCCCCGUCGACUACCUCGCCUGUGAUUAACCCUCUCGACGAGAAGACCAUCGCCGGCUUCCCCAGCGGCCGCCCGCUAGACGACAAAGUAGACACCGUUCAGUGCAAACACUGUCGCCGACCAGUUCUUCGCGCAUCUUCGGCAUCACACAUCCGCGACUGUCUAAACAAGAAACAGGAGAAACUGAAGAAGAAGAAGGAGGCCAAGGAGGCGAAAGACGCAGCACUCCGGAAAGAAAAGGGUGAAGAUGACGAGGGCGGAAAAUCGCGAAAGUCGGCCAUCAAGGGCGCAUCCAUAGACGGUGAUGGCGCAAAGAAGGGAAAGAAGAGGAAGCUAGAUGGUGAUGCGGAGAAGGCACCAAAUGCAAAGAAAAAGAAGAAGGACGAACCAAAGCAAAAGGGCGCCAAACCAAAGGGUCCAGUCGAUGUAGAGAGGCAAUGUGGUGUCUCGCUUCCAAACGGCGGAUAUUGCGCGAGAAGUUUGACGUGCAAGAGCCAUAGUAUGGGUCUCAAGAGAGCCGUUCCUGGCCGAAGUCUGCCAUACGACAUGUUGCUUGCGCAAUACCAAAAGAAGAACCAGGCCAAGAUCCAACGGUCCCUCAUCGACGCAAACGCCCCUCUCCCAGAAGAUCUCGAACCCUCCGGUGCCGUCGACUCGGACGAGGAGAAAGACUCCAUCAUGGCCGCUCUUGCCCGUCACAGACCCCGCCCCCUAGCAACCUACACCCACACAUCUCAACGCUCAAAAUACCAGUACAUUCGCAUGAAGGGUUUAAUCCGCUCCGCUCUCGGUGCACCACCCGGUGGCGGCGGCUCAAUGUACUCGGGCGCUGACAACAUGAGCACAGCACGCGGUAUGGGACUUGGCAUGAUGGGUGCUCCUCUCAGUGCUACAAAUGAGCAUUUCCCCCAAAGCGCGGGGUUUAGUGCGCCGUUGAGUGCUGGGCUUGAUGGCGGCCCCGGAAGUCGCAGACAGAGUGCUAUUGGUAAUGGGGGUGGUGGCCCGAGACAGAUUCUUCCUGGACAGUUGCCGGGCCCGGGACAGCAGAGGAAGGGUAGUAUGGCUAGUGUUGGGGCUACGUGA